GUUUAGAUGAUGAAUUAUAUGGACACUCUGCUUAUAUACCAGACUUUAAUAACAUCUGAACCAUCUCUUUCUGUCUCUCUCUGCAGAGGUAAAUUGACAAGAGACAGCUCCUGUGUUUUGGUGGCUGCAGUAUUAACAGCAAGAGCUUAAGUUAUUAAACCGAGCAGCUUUAAUCUGUGAGGUCUCCUGGAGCACUGGAGAUUAUUGUAUUUUUACUCCAGAGCCCAUGUAGCUAUUUCAAUGAGCUAGGGUUUGCUCCCCGCAAUCCCCAUACUGGCCCCGCUGUCUUUCUCUAGACCCACUUCCUAACUGUGAGAGACGUGAUGGAGUUUUACUUGGAGAUUGACCCUGUCACCUUGAACCUGAUCAUCCUAGUAGCCAGCUACGUCAUCUUGCUUCUGGUGUUCCUCAUCUCCUGCGUGCUGUAUGACUGCCGAGGCAAGGACCCCAGUAAGGAGUACGCUCCCGAGACCACCCUUGAUGCCCAGCCUUCCAUCCGCUUGCUGGUGAUGCAGCAGAGUACUUCAGAGGACCCCUGGGCAAGGAGGCCCAGCCUUCAUUUUGGGGAUCCUGCUCUACUAGGGAAGAAAAGCACAAUGGUGUGAGGCUGGCUGAGGGGGCCUGGGGAGAGAGCACUAGACAUUUGGCAUGAACUGUUCUCCACAGGGUUGCGGUUCUCUCAGGGUACCGCCAGUCCUGCUUGGCUCUGAGAGUGGGAGCUCUGCCUUACCUUCUACUUUCUCAUCACCCUCUUUG